CGGCUCGCAAGCUUAAACCAACAAGGCUGUAAAAUUCUUGACCAUGUAGAUUUAAAAGACAGUUAUCGCUCUCCUAUGAUUUCAGCAGUAUUUUCUUACUACCAUCAAACCUCAUCUCCCGUCGAGUCUUCCCCUUCCCGCCAAUUUAGCCGAAUCUGCACCCUGGGUCCGUUACCAUGUCUAGUCGCACCUCACCAGUACAAAUCACCGAAUAUGAGAGACCACGCGGUUUCACCGCCCUUGUCUUUGGCGGCGCAGUAUUCUCUUAUAUCUGCUUAGCUGGUGUUACCCUAAUAUCUGAGGAGAACCCGAUAUGGCAAAUACUUGACAACAUCUCCCCGGGUAGCGCAGAGACGUUUCGCUGGAUUGUCAAGACAGGAGUUCCGCCACUUGUCGUGAUACACACCAUCGAGGCCGUGGCAUUUGACCGUACAAGGUUGAUGCCACAUGGUGUUCCCAGGUGGGGAUUAUUGUGGUGGAAAUGGGUCCUGAGCUGCUGGAUUGAGGGGAUUGGAUGUUGGAAACGCUUUGCCUCCGUCGUCAACGCGAAGAAGGCGUCAGCAAAGUAACGUCAAGAAGAGGGAAACAUACUUUGAGAUAAAUUUGGGCAUGCUUUCAGGACAUAGUGAACGCCUCACUGAUGAAGAACAAGCCGUCAUGGAUGUCUUGCGAUUGCUAUGGAAAGACUGCCAGGCUGCGUAGGCAUGAUAUUGUGAGAAAUUGAUUAUCAGGUAUGGAGGUGCUUAGUGGCCAUAAGGUUAUACUUUGGGCAGCAGUGAGGGUAAUGAUUGUAUUGCCUAUAUGUGUUGAGAUGUGUUCUUUGCCUUUGUGCUGUGGCUCGAAGCUUCUUUUAACCUCUCAACCUUGUACGUACAGUGGGAUUAUUUUUCAUUAUCCAAGGUAAAUGACAGGUUGAUAUUGCAGGCGGGCGGCUAAAACACUCUAUCGCGGGAUUCUAGCGGUUUGAAGACCCAAAUUCACUUCUAUGAAGCCAUGCUCAAUCAAAGAAUCACCGGUGGAAUUGUUGCAAUUAAUUAAAGUUUUUUCUUGAUAACAUAUGACA